AAGUUACUUUAGGAUAAAACAGAAGUCUGAGGAAAUUACUGGUGGUCUCCGUCGGCAACAAUUAGUGAGAAGAAUUCGUAAGUUCACUGACUGGACGGAGUUAAGAAUCUAACUAACGUACACCUGAAAAGUGUGAAGAGAGUGAGAAAGUGUCGCUUGUGUUGUGGACCAAUAUAAUAGCGUAGCACCAUGUGUUUCUACUAAUUACAAAUCGAAACGUGUCUGAAAGUUUUCAUUCCUGAAAAUAAUUGACGAAUUGUUGAAACAAAAUAAGAAAGGAGUAGUAUGACGAUAAUGAAUAUUUUGUCAUCAGAUGAUGAAAAAAAUUUGGCUAAGUCAAAGCAGAAAACAUCCAAAAAUUUGGCCAGCCCUAGAGUAGAGCUUAAUCAACAGAAUAUUGCCCAAAGUUCACAAAAACGUAAAAGAAAGAAAAAGGAAGCAGCAAAGUCUGAAACAUCAUUCAGUGCUAAAGAAUCUGAAACUAACAAAGAGAAAUAUUUUCAUGUUGAAAAAUCGAUUGCUACAUCAUUUAGAUCAACAGAUAGUGCUUCUUUCUCACUGUUGUCUUUAUUUGGUAAAACAAAAGUUUCUGAAGAUCAGGAAAAUGAAGAUGAACCAAUCGAAACUAGGGAACAAUAUGAAUCUUCCGAUGAAGGAGGUAGUAGUGAAGAAUGUGAUGAAACAAAAGUCAGAGAUCAACAACUCAAAAACAAAGCUGCUGUCACAGAUCACAGAACACUGAUGAUGAAGACGUCUAUGCCACCACCAGACAGAAAGUUUUUCUUUAUCAAUGAUGAUCCUAGAUUGUCUGAUGGAGUUAAAUAUUUUCACCGCAAGCUUUCUGGAGAUGAAUUAUGGACGAAAUGGUCAUCAGGAUUUCAGAGAGAUGUCAGAAAUCUUUUCAUCACACGCCCAAAUCGCUCCAUGGCUUUUCACAGAGGGGAAAGCUCUCCAAAGAAAAUGAAAUUCCGUGAAGAAAAUUUAGACAAAUAAAACUUUCUAUUUUGUAUAUUU